UACCGUGUUUCCCAUUUGAAAAAUCAACUGAACAAUGGAAUGUUUCUCAAAGAUGAAAAGUUAUUGGCUCGUGGGGAUUUUUUUCAUCACUGCAGCUACCAUCGACCAAACGAAAGAUCAACUCUAUUUCGCUACAACAGAAGGAUUGUAUCGCGGGUAUAAUCUUAAAGGCCAACAGUGGGGGCAGGAAUCUCCCGAAAUGCCUGAAGAAUACCAGGAUCUGGGGUCCUCCGAUUCUGAGUACACCUGAGUACAGUUCUGCAACCGACGAAAGUGAUUAUUUCUAUACUGAAAGAGACGCAGUUUAUCGCGGCGACAUCGAUACUCUUCUACGGAGCGACGCUGGUUAUAAAAACAUCAUCGCAAUCGAGCACCUGGUACUGACGAACGAAUUGUGCUUCGCUUCAUCCGAUGGGAACGUUUGGUCGUACAAGCUAGACACCGGUGAUGUGGAGGAGGUUACUCACUGUAACAGUGGAAUUGAAGCGAUGCAAUGGAAUCCGGAUCAGGAUGUAGUCGUGUUUAUCGAUAUGCUGAAGGAGAUUACUAUGAUGGGCAAAGACAUGUUUAACGAUGAGAAGAAAACGAAAGUCCACAAGAAACAAGCAUCGAAAGGCAGUCGGAAGAAGAUCAAAACAUCCAAAGAGAAGGAUGAUCUAAGCGUAAAAAAACACUCUAAACGCCGUCUCCCCCCUUGUAUCAGUUGGCAAACAGACGGACAGUUUUUUGCUGUUACCUAUGCGGUCUCUGUAAGCCAGAGUGUCUUCAAAAUUUAUAACAGGAAAGGAGAACUUCAGCAUUCGUCGGAGUGUUUAGAGGGCCCGUCAAGUGCUCUCGCCUGGCAACCAGCCGGCCAAUGGAUUGCGAUGUCACAGUUAAUCGAAGAAAAAUUCGUGAUUGCCAUGUUCGACAAGGGUGGCUUCCGACGCCAGGAAAUUAAAACUCCCCUUACGUCUUUACACGAGAUAUUGUCCCUCCACUGGAGUCCCGACUCGGAAGUAUUGGCGGUGGUUUGGUAUACGGUGUACAUGCGCAAUGAAAUACGCGAUGUUAAUAUUUUUCUGUAUGUAAUGGACAAUUCUCAAUGGUGCCUGAAACAGUGCCUUCUCUGGAGUUCGGGAGGCUUUUUUUACCCUCAAUGGGAUAAAAAAAAAUCGGCAGGCAAAACGUUGCACUUACUUACUAAUACUUUAUGUUAUGAGCGCAUACGGUUUGAUUUUCGCGUCGAUCGUUCCUUGGGGCACCGUGAGGAUGAUGAGGCGAUGAUUGCCGUCAUCGACGGUACUAAACUACGCUUGAGCUCAUACCGUCGUUCCAUUAUACCACCGCCGAUGUGUAACUACACAUUGACUCUACCGCAAGGACCUCAAGGAGAAGUACCAACAUGUGUCAACGCCGUCGGAUUCAUUCGUUACCCAGGCAAGUCGGUUAGCCUUAAAGAGGAUGUAAGCGCCAAUGCGUUCUUUGUCGUCGAUUCGUACAACGUGAUUACUUUUUACGAUUUAAAGGUUACGAAACAGUGUAAAGAUAGUGGCCCAAUGCGCACCGUAUCAUCGGCAGUUAAUACAUUACUCCGGCUAUCGCCACUCCGCGACCCUUUCUGCCAAACCAGCGACUCGCUACUUAACUGUUUAUGGAUAAAUCCGGAUAAUUUUGUGUUAUCCUGCAACAAUUAUUUAGUUGCCUUAUGUUCAAAAGAAGGACCUGAAGAUUAUCAGGAUUAUGUAUCGAUUGAGAAGAAUUCGAAAGAACCAUUCGUCGACAAUGAAACGAUCGGUAGUGUUGAAGCACUGGGUCCGGAUAAGGUACUCAUCGAACUGACCUCCGGAAGGAUAAUGGAAGUAGGGAAUUUUAUCGUCGGGAAACGGUGUACGCCCUAUAAUAAGUUCUCAACCAAACUCUACGGUACGAUACCGGAGUUUUGCGAGCAGCUUUUCGUCAGCAAACAACAAGCGACCACGCACGUAUACGCGUUCUCCGAAAGUCACCGAAAUCUGUACCAUAAUGGAAGCCUUGUUGCGUCCGACGUAACAUCAGUUUUCCAUGCCAAAACGUACCUUCUUUUCACCACCAGGACGGAAUUGAAAUUUGUCCCACUGCAAGACCGGCCUGGUUUCACGAUUAUUGGUGAACGUCCACUCGAGGUAGGGUCGAGACUCUUCACGGUGAUCCCAAAACCUUCGCGAAUCGUUUUUCAGCGUCUUCGGGGCGAUCUGGAGGCGAUCAAUCCGCACAACUUGUCGCUUUCUUUCAUCGCGAAGCGCUUGGAGGCACUCGAGUAUCAAGAAGCGUUCAAAAUUAUGCGCAAGGAGCGCAUAAAUCUGAAUCUUCUCGUUGACGAUGACCCGGAGCGGUUUCUGGCGCACUUACGAUCACACUUUCUCCCACAAAUAACGAACGUGAGCUGGUUAAACCUAUUCAUCACGGAUCUAGCCAACGAGGAUGUGUGUCGCACGUUGUAUGAAAGCAACUAUCCCGGGUGGCAACUGGCUCCUGUAAAUUUGGCGAGCGUCAGUAGUGGUGGGUAUGCAGUGGAAGGAAAGAUACAGUUCAUAUGCGACCGGCUGUUGGAUGUGAUGGACAGCAACCCCACGAUACUUACUCAGCCGAAGAUCACCUGUCACGUGAAACAGGGCCAGCUGGAGAAGGCCCUUUCGCUCAUAUGGGCUCUUAAACGCGAUCAACCCACACCCGAGCUGGCGGAACAAGCGCUUCGAUAUUUGCUCAGCCUGAUUGAACCUAAUGUGCUAUACGAUGUAGCACUAGGGAUGUACGACUUAGAUCUAGUACGAUUCGUCGCAGACAUCUCCAAGAAGAACUCGAAGGAGUAUCUAUCCUUCUUGAAUGCGCUGAAGCGGCAGAAUGAGCACUAUCGGAAGUUCCGCAUCGAUUGCCAUCUGAAGCGAUACAAUCGUGCGGUGGCACAUAUUUCACACAUCAAGACGACGAAGGAACGUUCGCGGGAAGUGAUGGAAUUGAUCUUUAAUCAUGGACUUUAUACGGUCGGGAUUGAACACUUUCGAACGAGCGGUAACGAGGAAAAUCUACGAAAAAUUUGCGAACAGUAUGCAGGGCACCUACGGACGACGGGCAAGCAUGCCGAGGCGAGUUUGAUGUACGAGCGUACUGGAGACAUACAACAGGCCAUCAGUUCAGCCUGCCACGCCCUGGACUGACGUCGUGUGCUACGUCUGAGCGCGCGAUCGACGAAUCCAGACGCUGUUCGGCCGGUUCUUCGUUCGCUGGUGCCAGCACUCGUAAAAGCAGGAGAUUAUGAUGCGGCGGCCACGAUUGCCCACCAACACUUGAAAGAUAUCCGGCUAGCGGUGGACAGUCUCCUGAAGGGUUUCCAGUAUGAACGGGCCCUUUUGGUGGCGGAGGCCGGGGGAAAUCAGCAGGCCCGAAAGCUCCAUGAAACGAUUAACGCUUUUCUCCGCCAGUAUCUAAAUCAGCUCAUAACUGCACUCUCCUCGGAUAAGGAACAAUUUUUGCACCAAAAGGAACGGCUGGCGGUGGUGCGAGAGCUACGAGAAAGGGCACACAGCUGGCCGGCAGUAGAAGACGAGGGUGAUUAUGGUGAAUGCGAUCUACUUUCGGACAGUUCCACCGAUGCCUGUCCGUGCCGCAGAUCAGGACAACCACAGCGCUCAGCCAAGAAGCGCCGUAUAGAAAAGCGGAAACUUGUUUCCCUAAAGGAGGGCAGCCCGUUCGAGGAUCUUGCCCUGAUCGUUGCCCUCCACCAGCUAAUACUUCGCGUUUGCCGUGUUGAAAGGCAGCAACAUAUUCGUAGUAUAUGCCAGGUGGCAUUUGAGCUCGACUUCCACACCGAGGCGCGUACCAUUCAACGGGAUUAUGAGGGCUUUAUCCAGCUGAUUCAGAAUUCAAUGGAUGCCAUCUGGAUACCGGAAAUGCUGGUCCGCGGGAGAUUACGAACUUGCGAGGCAGCGACAGGAAAAAUCUCUUCUACUUUGCUGCAACCACAUGCCGCCCAGCGGUAUGCUUUAUUAGAACCUCAUCAGAGAUACAAGCCAGACAUUCAACUGAUUGCAUGGUUGUGGGAUAUACUUAAGUAGCACUUGUGCCCGUCCUUGGACUAAAAUAGGAUUUCUAACGAUUACUGAUUACUCGACAAAUGUAAGCAUUUAUCAUACGAACGUUAAUGAAAAUGUUCACCUUUAUAUCUA